AUGUCAGAUCUAAGCUCAGAUGAAGCUACAGUAGUGCCAUCUACUACUACUAAAGAAAGUAAAAAGGAAAAGAAAUUAAGAAAACUGGAAAAGAAAUCCAAAUCCAAGAAAUCAAAAGAUACCGAAGAAGAGCAUUCAGAACAAGAACAUGAAGAUUCCGAUGACAACAAUACUAAGGACACCCCUGAAGAUGAAAUAGAAAUCGAUUUAUCUGCUUCUGUCCCAUUAUCCAAAAAACAACAACGUUUAUUAAAAAAAGGAAAAUUAGAUCUUGAUAAACUUGCCAAAAAACACCCCAUCCCAAAACCAGCCAAUGAAGAACCAUCAACCACCGCACCCAAGAAAUCAGAAUUUGGAGUCUGGAUAGGAAAUUUAUCAUUCGAUACUACAAAAGAAGACCUUAUCCGAUUCAUAGUUGGGAAAACUUCCCAAUUUGAACCAAAUAAUGAAAGUUUACCAAAAAUUGAAGAAUCGGAUAUUUCUCGUGUUAAUAUCCCCAAAAAAGAUGCCGUCAAGAUUAAGGGGUUUGCAUAUGUUGAUGUCCCCAGUAUUAAUCACGUGAAUUCGAUUGUUUCAUUAAGUGAAUCCAUACUUAAUGGACGGAAAUUAUUAAUCAAAAAUGCCAAUUCUUUCGAAGGUAGACCAGCUGCAGAUUCUUCUGGUAGUAACAUUUCCAAGAAUCCACCCAGUCGAAUUCUUUUCGUGGGGAAUUUAUCAUUUGAUACUUCUGAAGAUAAUUUACAAGAACAUUUCCGUCAUUGUGGGGAGAUAGUUCGGAUUAGAAUGGCGACAUUUGAAGAUACUGGGAAAUGUAAGGGGUUUGCAUUUAUUGAUUUUAAAGAUGAAUCGGGUCCAACUACUGCUUUGAAAUCGAAAUUGGCUCAGAAAUUGAUAAAUAGGAAAUUAAGAUUGGAAUAUGGGGAAGAUAGAUCAAAGAGAAAUCCAAAUAUGAGAAAGAGGGAAGAAGGGGUUGAACAAGAAGGAGAAGUGAAGGAAUAUAAUCAGAGGGAGCCGGCACCAGUUCAACGCGAGCCAGAACAAAGGGAAUAUCGUGAAAGACAACAAGACGAUUAUAAACCGAAAAAGAGAGUGUUUAAGGAGAGAAAAGAUGAUAAUAAAAGAUUGAAAUCUUCAGUGGCCUUGGCAACUGCUCAAAGAGCAAGUGCUGCAAUUGUUCAAUCUACUGGUAAGAAGAUUAAAUUCGAUUAG